CUGCGUCAUUACUUAUAUACUCAAUUGUCAAUUCCCCGCACAAUCAUGGUGCUCGACUACGAUCAACCGUCCCAGUCCGCCUCCGGGUUUGGAGACGAUGCUCCAAUGUCCGAUUCCGAUCCCUACUUCUCCUCGCAGAAAGGACCCAACAGCCUCCUCGCGAAAUUCCCAACGAACAUCUCUCUCCCUCCCUUUACCUUCGGCAGGAGACUUCUCCAUUGGACGCAGAGCAACUACGAGACGAAGCUCUCCAUGAUCAUCCGCGCUCAGAUGGACACCGCUUCUGCCAUGGUGAACAGGUUCCCUUCCCAGGAAGAAACCGACGCCAUUGUAGAACAGGCAUCCAUGCUUUUUGACAUCCCCGAAGCCGCGGGUCUCGCGGGGGGUAGCUUGGGUCUCUAUCUAGGCGGAAAGCCAACAAACUUUGACCCCAAAGACGCCGAAGUGGUGAGCAAACUAACACCCAUUGCGAGGAUGAGGACCUCAAGAAUGGUGCACGUCAUGUUUUUCCUCCCGCUCUGCUUUGCAGUCGGGUACUGGGUCACAAACACGGUCGCCCAGCUGAGCGUCGGCCUCCUGACGGCUAGAGAUCAGAGAAUGUCGCAGUUCCAAAGGGACUUCGAGAAGCAGGAUCCGAAAGAGAUGCAGAAACGUCUGCAGAAGCUUCGAGAGGAAGCUGCUGCCCGACGGCGCGCCUUUGUGGCUCAGAAACAGCAACAGAGGAACUCCCAAUUCGGAGAGGAUGCCAGCCAUACCGGCGGCUACCUCGAAUCUGGAAAUUCGUCAGGCCAAUACGGCUCUCAGCCAGGUGACUCCAAGAUCCUCUCCGAGGUGUAUUCCCAGCCAAACGGCGGAUUCCAGCCGCAAUCUAGCCAACAGCCCCAGUAUUAUCGUCCAAGUCAGCCAAGUCAAGGCCAAAGCUUCUGGGACGAUGAUGCCAGCCCAACAAAUCCAGAAGUUGACGCCACACCUCAGACCUCUUCCGCAAGUGCGUGGGAGCGUAUCCGUCAGUCAGCCGCUACCCAAUCAUCUUCAAACAACCGUGGUUUCGCGGCAAGGCGGCCGCCGCAGCAGGAGCAACAACAACAGCAACAAUCACAACAGCCGUCGUCAGGCGAUGAUUGGCGAUCCUCUGAUUAUGGCGCCGGUCGGGACUACGGCGACAAGUACGCGCAAAGUUCUAGGGAGCAAGCACAGAGAGAUUUUGACAAAUUGAUUGAAAGAGAGAGAGAAUUUGGGUCUGACAAGGAAAGAGACAGCGCCUGGGGUAAGCGUUGGUAG